UACGACCAAUCAAAUUCUGUCAAAAUUCUUUAUGUUCAGAUGGCUGUCUGAACUUAUGGUUCUGUCGUUCGUGUCUAUUAUUAUUGCGAGCCUCUUGGACUGAAGAGCAGAUGACGGAGAAGCAACUCCUCCAAGCUCAUGCAGAAGGUAGCGCAGCAGCGGAAUUGCCACACGUUUUGUGCCCGUACGUCCUUGUACUGCGUGAACGACGAGAGGGAGACACGGAUGAUCGGCAGAUUGCGCUGCUGAUGGAUAACCGCAGCGUGUCUCCGGAGCGCAUGAUCGGCGGUUUACUAGACUUUGUAUCGCAGAUCAACACGCCGCUGGUUCGACUGUGGUGCGAUCCUACGCCUCAAUCCUGUUGUGUUGAUGUAGCAGAUCGCAUCCUUAUCUCCGCGUCGUCUACAUGUAGUUUAUCCAAGAACCCGAUUGGACCCGAAGGCGCUCGAUUGCUGGGCAGCGCCUUGGUGACGAACAAUACGCUGCAGUUUUUGGAGCUGGAGGCAUGCGACCUCGCCGGCAGCGCGUACCGACCGCAACACGAGGGGGUUCUAGCGUUAGCAAAGGGAAUUCAAUCGGUCAGAUCGCGACUCUGCUACGUCAAUGUUGCUAGCAAUGACUUGCAGCCCCAAGGCUGUAGAAUUUUACUGGGCGCCUUGUCUUUCCACAAGACACUGACGGCGCUCGACAUGUCCGACAACUUGUUGUGUAUCUUUAACGAUAAGCAAGGCUAUCUGGCAUUGUCGUAUCUGCUGCAGUACAGCAAGCAGCUCUGCUGGUUAAACAUAGAUGACAACCCGCUCACAGCGACAGCAGCUAUUGCGCUGAAAGAGAGUUUGGCUACGAACCACUCGCUCACCACUUUACACGCUUCUCACUGCGGCAUCACAAAUGAUCACUGGCUUAACUUCUCGUCUGGAAACUUAACUUCUCGUCUGGAAACUUAACUUCUCGUCUGGAAAUACAUUACGAGCCAAUGAUGAAAGUAAAAAGCGGUCUAACAGACUACUGUUGAAGUUAAAGUGCUCAUGAACAAUAUAAUUGUUUAUCAAUAUAGAAUG